CGGGGAUAUUCGGCAAACUCCGACUCAAAAUCAUUCUAUGUUCUCGUCAGUUCGAAACAUUACAGCGCUGUCUUGUCUCGUUGUCGCUGGGGUUUCUGUGGGACUCGGCUACUUCAUAGGAUCUCGCUCCAGUUCGAUCACAGCGCCUUCCCUCUCGGUCGCACAACAUCAACCGGAAGGUGAUCAGGAAGACGGGGAGGAGGAAGAGGAGGAUUUGGCAGAUGGUGACUUGGCUGCUAUCAAACCAGGAAUGCUGCAACAGUGCAAACUUGUGCUUGUGGUACGAACGGAUCUGGGGAUGACAACAGGAAAGAUCGCGGCUCAGUGUGGUCAUGCGACUCUGGCAUGUUACAAGGCUCUCAUGAAAACCAAUCCAAGGCUUGUCCAGCACUGGGAACGAACGGGACAGGCGAAAAUUGCUCUGAGGAGUUCGUCAGAGGACGAACUACUAGAGCUAGAGGCCAUUGCAAAGAGCCUCAACCUCUGUGCCCGUUCCAUCUUAGACGCUGGCCGUACGCAGAUUGCAGCGGGCUCACGGACUGUCCUUGGCAUUGGUCCGGCACCGGUCGACUUGAUCAACCAGGUCACUGGCCACCUCAAGCUGCUAUAGUCACUAUUGCCAACUGUUAUAGUAUGGUUAGGUCACUGUACAGUCGGUGCUAUAUAUACCACGAACCAUGUAGACUUUCUUCAUUUCCUACACGUAUUUCACUUUGCGUCCGAUGUGGAUCCGUCAUAAGCUCGUUUCUUGGAGCACAUAGACAGUGCGCCCCCGUGAUGCUGGCAUCCCUACUUUACAGUAAUUGACUCGGGCUGCAUUCUCU